AUGAGUGCAGCUUAAGCCAUAUAGGGAAAUAAACAAUUAUUACCUGUAGGUAAGCAGAUUGAAGGAACAUCAGUGGAGAUUGUUUGAGCACCUCCUUGUUCUGCAUGGUAGCUUAUAGGAAAAGGAAACUGGUGUCUUUUUCUUACUAUUAAAGAAGCCUUGAAACCAUCAGAGCUAUCAGAUCAAAUUCAUUCUGAGCUGAUACAUAUCUCAUCCACCAUUUUUGCUGGUAAUGCAGUACUAAUGCCAGUCCUGGGUGUCAGAUGAUGCCAUCUCUACUACUACAUUGAACUGAAACUGCAUUGGGAUUAACAAUGAACACAGCUGUGAAGGUUUCCACCUUUGCCAAAAAUGUUGCCACUGCAGUCAUCAUCAUUUCAGUUGUUUGCUACGCAGAGAACCUGAAAUGGAUAUCAGAUUCUGUCAUUAGACUGGACAUGGCAGAAAAUUCUGUUGAUGACCAAUUUAUAGGCUGCAGAGACACAAUGUACAAGCUGAUUACAAAGAAGAUUCUACCAGAAGAGUUAAAAUGUAAUAAAAAUUUUAAAAACAUUUGGGAAAAGUACUCAAAAUUUACUGAUUAUUUUACAAGAAUAAUAAAGGUCUACACAGACGGAGAUUCUAAACUUUAUAGUCAGUUCAAUGAAGCUGUGAGCUCAGGCAGAAGGAAUUAUGUCAGUAAGUUCACCUAUAAAGCCUUUCAUUUCUUGCUCACACGAGCAGUACAAAUUCAUCAAGUAAAGAACUGUACUCGUGUUUUCCGCAGAACCAAUGUUCAUUUUGAUACAAACGUUCUUGGCCGUGAAAUGCGAUUUGGCAGGUUUGCAUCAACUUCACUUAGAACUAACAUGUCACCUACAUUUGGCAAAACCUCCUGUUUUAAGGUUACGACAUGCUUUGGUGCAAACAUAGCCAAAAUUUCUGUGUUCCCUAAAGAGGAAGAGGUGCUAGUCCCACCUUUUGAAAAAUUCAAAAUCACAAAGAUUGAAAAAAACCAGAUGAACUGUAGUGUAAUUUACACUCUACAGAGCACUGGGAGGUUUAGUAAAAUGAACUGUGCGCUGCUUAAAUAAAAAAAAAAUGUAGAUGCAAAUGUGCUGAUGUUAAUAUAGCAUCACUGCUAACACUG